GAGCCCCGGGCAGGGCGAAGAGCCGGUAAGCGACGGGAAGGAGACGGGGACACACACACAGGGGUUUCCUCCUCCUGUAGAGCGUGGUUUUAGGGUUGCCCAGCCUUCCUUCUUCCCUCCUCCGCCGCCCAGCUGCGGUUGGGGCCUCCCAGCGGUUUCCUUCCGCUGCCCAGAUGUUGGGCAUCCCCAGAGUAGGAGUCAGGAUGCACGACGAGCACUCCAGUGUGAACGCAGGCCUGGGAAGAGAGAUGCAGUAAUGGAAGGAGAGAUUGGUUUGACACAGUGCAAAACUGAAGAAAAACUCCUUGAUUCAAGAAAGCCACCAUGAAAGGUGAGGAGGCUCGGCAGAGGAGAAAAGAGGGCAGAACUAGAAAUGGAGAGCGAUCCAGGCACAAAGCAAAGAGCAAGGGUAAACACAGAGAGAGCAGACUUGGCAGCCAGGAGGCAGAGGAUGUCUCUCUGCCCACACAGCAGAAGCUGUUGGCUGAGGAGAAGGCAUCCAUGGCAAAGUCACGGGAAGAGUCAGCCAUCGCGAUUUGCCUGCAGGUGCUCCUGCCGUACCUCCUAGCUGGGUUUGGCAUGGUCUUGGCAGGCAUGGUUUUGGAUUAUGUUCAGCACUGGGCUGUGUUUCAGACAAUUACAGAAGUUUUUAUCCUGGUUCCUGCCUUGGUUGGCCUGAAGGGUAAUCUUGAGAUGACGCUGGCAUCCAGGCUCUCUACUGCUGCUAACACUGGACAGAUGGAUGAUGCUCAGAAGCAAUGGAAAAUGGCCACGUGCAAUUUAGCCCUUAUCCAGGUCCAGGCCACCGUGGUGGGACUUCUGGCUGCCGUUGCUGCUGUGAUCCUGGGAGCCAUCUCCAAGGGCUCUGUGGAGCUGAGCCAGGCUGCUGUGCUGUGUGCCAGCAGCGUGACCACGGCCUUCAUAGCUGCGCUUGCUCUUGGUCUGGUGAUGAUUGGCGUGAUCAUUGGAGCAAGGAAAGUUGGGAUCAAUCCAGACAACAUCGCCACACCCAUAGCAGCAAGCCUUGGAGACUUGAUAACCCUUUCCCUGCUGGCAGGAAUCAGCAGUACCCUCUUCAAAUACAUAGAUAUGAAAUACCUUUCUCCUCUGAUCUGUGCUGUCUUCAUUGUCAUGAUCCCACUCUGGGUUGCUAUCGCCAAGCAAAGUCCUUCCCUUGCUGAAGUUCUGAAGUCUGGAUGGCAGCCGGUCAUUGUUGCAAUGAGCAUCAGCAGCAUUGGUGGACUCAUCUUGGACAAAACUGUAACUGACCCAAAGUUUGAAGGCAUGGCUGUUUUCACACCUGUGAUUAAUGGUGUUGGAGGGAAUCUGGUCGCCAUCCAGGCCAGCCGUAUUUCCACAUUCCUGCAUUUCUGGAGCAUGCCUGGAGUUUUGCCAUACAAGAUGAGGCAGAAUUGGCCCAACCCAUGCACCACAUUCUUCUCAUCAGAGGUGAAUUCCAAGUCAGCCCGAGUCCUGUUCCUCCUGGUUAUCCCAGGGCACCUUGUGUUCCUCUACACCAUCCACCUGCUGCAAGGAGGCCACACAUCUCUGUCCUUCACCUUUGUGAUGUUUUAUCUGACCGCUGCUUUGCUGCAGGUGGGAAUCCUGCUCUACGUGGCCGACCUAAUUGUGCGCCUGAUGUGGAGGAAGGCGCUGGAUCCAGAUAAUUUCUCUAUCCCCUACCUCACUGCCCUGGGGGAUCUCCUGGGCACUGGAUUCCUCGCCGCCUGUUUCCGCCUGGCUUGGCUAGUCCACGGCGCAGACAUGACCCUGGGGAACUGAGACGACAUGCGCUGCUCCACAUCACUCGUUCGACACGGUGCUUUCCUCCGUGACAGUGGGGUGCUUGGCGAUGAGCGCUGGGUCACCCGGCUGGGUUGGGCCUCCCCUGCUGCCCCCGCCGCCCUGCCUCUCCUCCCUGUCGUGCCUUAGAGCUGGGCUCGCCCACCCGGAGGAAUCAGCACCCACAGACUUGCGCCGUCGCAUGUGAGUAAGUGGGGUUUAGGUAGUGCCUGCUGCUCACACCCGCACCCGGCCAACGUGGCACUAAGGAGCUUUUGGGCUAUAUCGUAUUGAACGAACGUUUCGGUCGGCUUCAGACCCUAGAACCAACACAGCCUGCAAGGCGGCUGCAAAGCCUGCUGAGAUCGCUGAUCCUGCAGGUCUGAUCCUGCAGGUAUCACAACAUCUCUGUCCAGCUCUGACUUGCCAUCCAGGAAAAUACUGUAUUCGCCCCCUUUCCCUGGAGGAGGAGAGCAUCCAGGUCUUUAAACUCGUCUUCUCUCUGUCGCUCAGACGCUCAGGGUCUGACUCAGUGAGUGUCUCGCUGGCUUGUGCCCAGCAGGAGGUUAUCUAGGGAUACCACCUACCUAAGCCAGCAGCGUUGCUGUUGUCUGACCAACGAGCUGGAUUGAGUGCAUUUUGGGGGUGUAGGAGGGCUGGUUUUGUUUUUACGGUUUAUGAAAUGUCCAGUAGUUACAACGUUUAUAGAAACACACACAAAUAAAGUGGUUAAAAAAAU